CGCGCUGCUCGAGAACGCAGCCUACAGUCCGUCCUCCCUCGGACUCGCCAGAGGGUCCCCUGCCCAUAGAAUGGGGUAACUGCGUGCCUAUCUCGCGCUAUCAUCGAUGCUGCACCUCAAACGCAGGAUGGCGUUCCCGACAAUUGUAAACUGCCUGAUCGUCCAUAUGGUCGCCGCUAGCCUGUCUCCGGGGGCUUGUUCUCUACCUUCACUCGGCUAGUGGAGGUCUCUGGGAUCUACGUCGGAAUAACCUGUUUCCUUUCCUUUCCUAUACGCGAUCUGCAGGCGACGCGAGCGGCUCUACGACGAUCGAACGGUUGCGAAGACCAUUGAAUUCUAUAAGCUACUUGCGAUGGCCAACGAGAAAGUCUGGCUGAUCACUGGGUCCAACUCUGGCUUCGGGCUCGCGCUCGCGGAGUUGGUGCUUUCGCGGGGGCAUAAGGUUAUCGCCUGCGCGCGCGACCUUAAGAAGAUCCCCGCGUCCAUUGCGCAGGCCACACCCUUGCAGCUCGAUCUCAGCUGGCCGGACAGCGAGAUCAAGACCGCGCUGAAGGACGUGGAGGGUAUCUACGGGCGCGUGGAUGUGCUGUUCAAUAACGCGGGGUGGCCGCUGGUGUCGCCGGUGGAGGAGUUGCUGCUAGACGAGCUCGAGAAGCAGUUCAAAGUGAACUUCUUUGGCCAUAUCUCUGUGACGCAGGCGAUCUUGCCUAUCAUGAAGAAGCAGAAGUCGGGGCAGGUUUAUAUGAUGUCGUCCGUGGCGGCGAUGGCUGGCAUGUCGCCGUUUGCGGCGUACAACUCGUCGAAGGCGGCUUUGGAGGCCAUCUCGGAAGCCCUUGCACGCGAAGUCGAGCGCUGGAACAUCUCAGUCACGAUUGUCGAGGCCGGCUACUUCCCUACCGGUUUCCUGGGCACCGCUGCGACAACUCAGCGCGCCACUUCCACUGACAAGACCGAGUACCCCGAAUUCGUCGGCCAGCUCCAGACCUACGACGACCUCCACAUCAAAGCCAAACAGGUCGGCGACACGAAGAAGGCCGUGCAGCGCAUAUUCGAGGUCGUCGAGGGCACGGCGGCGGCGGAGCUAAAGCCGCAGUGGCGGAGGCUGCCUCUGGGCCCGGAUGCGGGAAAGCGGAUAUUGGGGAAGCUGCAGUUGAUGAAGGAGAAUGUGGAGGCGUAUGAGCCGAUCUGGAGUACGACGGAUAUGGAUGAGGAUAAGAUUGAGGAUUUCUUCAAGCAGAGGGAGAGCAAGUAACCUUCGUUGUAAGUGCUGAAUGUAUGUCUAUAUGUACCAUGAUUUCGACGGAGAUUUCGAAGGAGAAA